UCUCUCUCUCUCUCCCUCUCUUGUUCGUUGGUGUAGUACCAGCGUGCGCCACCGCUCCGUUUUAGAGCUCCCGCGUGAAAACCAUCGGCUUCUCCCGCCGGCUGCACGGAAAAGCGAGGCUGGACGACGACCAGCAUCAGUAGAUAGGGAUCUGCACGGACGGAUAGCCUUUGCGAGCACUCGUACGUAUUUGCGCGCGCGCGCGCGCGUGCGAGUGAGAGAGUGAGCGAGCGAGUGAGAGAGUAAGUGCAGGAGAGGAAACGGCUAGAGCAGAGGAGAGAAGAGAGUGAGAGAGAGAGAGAGAGAGAGAGAGAGAGAGACGCGAGGCGGACCCGUCCCGUACAGUAGUCAUUGGCGGAGAGGGAGACGAACGGACGUAGCGGGAGAGCAGCCGAGCAGCGCAAAAGAUAGAGGUGUACCAUCAGGUCUCACCAGACACACUCGCACACGGACAGCCAUGGCGGACGGAUAUCAGAACCAGGAGAACGCGGCCCAGCCCUCCGAGGCGACGGCCAACGCCGCCGCCGAGAACAAGCAGCAGACGCAGCAGAAUCAGAGCCAGCAGCAGGACGCCGCGCAACAGGACGGCAAAUCGGAGCAGGGCCAGCAACAGCAACCGGCCGAGGGCAACAAGCAGCAGGCGACCGCCGGCAUUCCCGGCAAGGACGACGAGAGGAAGCUCUUCGUCGGCGGCCUGACCCGCAACACCACCGAGGCCGAGCUCAAGGCGUACUUCGGCAAGUUCGGCGAGAUCGAGAGCGUGUCCAUCAAGAUGGACCCCUACACCGGUGUCUCCAGGGGAUUCGCCUUCAUGGUCUUCCAGAACCCCAAGGCCAUCGACAAGCUGCUCGCUUCCGGAGACCACUACGUCAACAAGCGUAAGGUGGACCCAAAGCGGGUGAGCAAGAAGGCCCAGCACGGCAAGAUCUUCGUCGGAGGACUCACUCCGGACAUCACGGACGAGGACAUCAAGACCUACUUUGGCCAGUACGGCACCAUUGUCGAGGUCCAGGCCCCCUUCGACAAGACGAAAAACCAGCGCAGGAGCUACUGCUUCGUUACGUUCGACUCCAAAGACGUUGUCUACAAGCUGCUCAAGACGCCCAAGCAGGUGAUCAAUGGAAAGGAGAUCGAUGUCAAGAAAGUCAAAGUCAAUCAAGACCAGCGCCAAGGCUUCUGGGGACCCCAGUAUGGCGGCUACGGUUACGGUGGUGGCUAUGGUGGUUAUAUACCUGAAUAUGCUAAUGGAUAUGGUGGUUACGACGACAUGUACGCCAAUUACGACUAUUCAGGCUAUGAUGGAUAUGAGAACAUGGGUUACGCGAUGCCCGGGAAACCCAGAAAUGGACCUCAGGGACCUCGUCAGUUUCAGAGACAUCAGCCAUAUUAAGUUCAAGAAAAUUCGCUAAGAUCGGCGGGGUUUCGCUCGAUCGACUUCUAUAAACAAAAGGCAGAUCUCUCCGUUCGAGGGGGAUCGAAGAAAGGACUCGGCUGAAGAAAAGAUCUACUUCUUCUUCCGUCCCCCGCUGCGCAUAUUAUUCAACUCUUCCAGCCUCCUGAAUAAUUUUUGUACACUGCGUGCAUGUAAACAAACAGCAGCCACACAUUAACUACGAACUAAUCAUAAAAUUCUCCGAAUCCGUCAUGUUGUUCUGGUCGUGCCUCUCGUCCGAGUGUGAACAAUGUGCGGACUAGAUUUCGCCAUUCAUAUUGCUACAUAUUUGUGUAAUUUAAAUACUCCAGCCAGCUAACAGUGUUUUUAAUCGUAGGUCGUUAGAGUUUUCUUUUUCCCCCUUCUCUUAAUUGUUUGUUUAUUUGUCGAGAACCGACAAAACCAAUUUUUACUGUUUAACUGCGAACGGCGAAAAUUUAUAUACUUUACUUACUCUAAUUUUCCCCUGAUAUUCUUGCAGAAUUGUAAUCGCAUAAUUAGCUACAUUUUCUUCGUUUAUUUAAUCAAAUUUAAGGGUUUUCUUUUACGAUUAUAUAAGAAAGUGUAUGAACUAAUUAUCAUUAUUAUUAUCAUUAUUGUUAUUACAAUAUUAUUACUGUCAAUUGAAAGGAAAAGCUUAAGUAUUAGAGAGAAAAUGCGAAAAAUUUCUGAAAAACAAUUUGUAUAAUUAAAAUAUUAGUGUGCCUAGGCACACAGUGAGAUGCAUUAGCGAAAAAAGAUAUUGUCAUGGGUUGAGAGAAUGAAUCUAAUCACAAAUAAUGCGUACGUACAUCAUAAGUUCGAUUCAAAUAGAAACUCUUGUCAAUGAAAGAACAAGUGUCCAUUAAUCAAUUUGAGCUUUAUGGACAAGACUUUUAACAAAGCCGAACUACAUUUGGCAAAAACAUUGGCUUAAUACAAUUAACAUAGAAAUGCGACGUCGAGAUGUUUUAUAGUGAGGUUAAAGUAGUAGGAUCAAGCAGUGAUGAUUAAACAACGUCAUAAAAUAUAACAAACGUUAUAAGAGGACGAGGAACAAAGUCUGUGUUUUCUUGCUUAUUGCAUCUGAUGUGACUGUAUCCCGACAAAGACUGCUUUUCAUGUUGCAGAAGACUGUUUUACUCAUGUUAACAAAACUUGUAGAUCAUCUGAAAAAAAUAUAUUAUAUUAUACAUAAUAUAAGCCAGGGACCAUGAGUAGAACUGCUCGGAAAUGUAAUUUUUUUAAACUUCAUGUAGCGGAGUAAAUCUCGGCUUGUAUCCUGACAUUUUGUAUUGUAUACAAGGCCAAAUCGAAAGUGUGCCGCUUAUAUGUGUACACGAGAUCGACGACCAAUGCAUGAAAUUCAAAACGUAAAUAUUUAUUCGGUAGUUGUACUGGCGGCCCCUGACAUACAUAAUAAUAAUUAGAAGGGAGAAUCCGAUGGCCAACGAUCGGGGACCAUCGUCGCGCAUAAACGUUAAUUUUCUUCGACGAAAGAAAAUAUACAAACAAACAUUAUCCGAGCGAACUGAGUGUGUAUAACAAUGUCUUAUUGACGCAGAUAUUUCAGACCACUGUUGAGUGUCGUUAAGAAAAUCUGUUAUUCUUGUGUGUAGACUAUAUAUGUCCCGUUGCCUAUCGAUGAAGAAAUAUGGCCGAUAUUUUCAACGAGAAAAUCUUUGACGGUAUGCAUGUAAAAUCUUGGAAGUGCAGGUUUAGCAUUCGCAUUGUUCGCAUUUCUGACUCGUUCUUUCGUACUUGUUUUCUGCAUGCCUUACCGCGUUGUUCCACGAUGUUAAAAAUUCUUCGUUUAAUGAAUUAACUUUUGAUUAAAAAAUCGAAACCAUGCAUCAUUGUCUCGAUUCUCUCGAAAUUUUUCAACUGCGCAACUGCAAAGUCUGCAUUUCCGAAAUUUCACCCACGCAAACCAUUACGAGUUGAGAAUUAUUAGAUGAGAAAAAGUAUCGGCGGCUUGACUUGAGCGCACAUUAUAUCUUCUGUCGCGAGUUCGACAGACGCCUCUCGGUACGAUCGUAUUGAAGAAAAAUGAAAAAAAGCUUUAGCCAAGCCGAGUGUGCUUUUGAGAAUAAAUCUGUAUACUGUGUAUACCGUAUUUCGCUACGGGAUGUAAGCGAGAGAAGAAAGGAACAAAAAUAUUAAGUAACAGAGAAAAUGAGCGAGAAUGAUUGGAUGAUAAGUAUGUGCGAGAGCAAGCGCGCGCGCGCGCGAGAGAGAGAAAUAGAAAGAUUAUAUAAAAUAUGAAGUUCAAGAAAUUACAGAGUAAGAGAAGCGAUGAGAUUUAGCGGUAUAGAGGCGUGAAACGAUUGUUACGGGAAUGUAGGAGGAUCGCGACGAAGUCACAGAAAGAUUAAAGGAUAUGGAUAGAGAAAUUUAAUGAGACAACUAUUUUGUUACUCUAAUUAUUAUUCGCUUGUUGGCCCAUGACACAGUGUAUAUUUUAAUUAUAACAAAAUAAAAAUACACAUCAUCUCUGA